AUGGCGAAGAAGCGCCACCACAAACCCCUUCGCCACAUUUCCAACUCCACACCAAACAAAUCCUUAAAUUACUUCCCAACCCCUCCGAACCCCACCAUCAUUGACAUAACCACAAAUUGGCUCCUCUCCGGGUGCAAGUCCCCCAGGACCCUCUCCUCCGACGCAAGCUCUCACUCCCUCCGUGCUGACGUGGACGCCGGCGCUGCUGACGUGGACGGCAUGACGUAUUCGUACGGCCCCACCGACGAGUCCCCGCGCCUCACGGACCUCUCCCCGGGCUCCGUCUGCGCCUCUGCCCGCUUCUUCGUGGCCCCCGCCGCCACAGGCUCUCUAAUCCAGGAGGCGCGGCUGAGCGGGGCCACCACCGCAGCCGACGUGUUAGCGACGAGUAGACCUACGCCAGCGGAAUUAGUAAUGCGUCGGUAUAAACCGCUGAACGAAGAAGUUCGCGGGGAAUUACCAAUGAAGGACGGUCGUAAUAAAGUUUACAAGUCAUUUUCGGAUGUUGCUGCCGCCGCGGUGGUGACCCCGCGCGUGGCGGUGCAGUGCGGGGGCGUCGCCGCGGUGGCGUACUCUGACGACCCGUGCGCGGAUUUCCGUGCGUCCAUGAUGGAGAUGGUGGCCGCGGCGUGCCACGUGGAGAGCGGGGAGCCGUUGGAUGAUUACUGGGGGUUCAUGGAGGAGCUGCUCUUCUGCUACCUGGAGCUCAACGAGAAGAGCGUUUACAAGUAUAUUUUCAGGGCUUUUGCUGACGUGGCGAAGAACCGCUCGCCGGAGCACCGGCGCCGGAUUCCGGUGGAUGACGUGGACUGA